AUGUCGAUCCUCAUCUUCAGCCUCCUGGGGUCCAUCGCCCCCGAGGCCCCCCGCACCCGCCAGGACGAGCUGAAGAACGGCCUCUUCUCGACCAUCGCCUUCGUCCUGGGCGCCCUCACCUCGUGCCUCUCCGGCUACCUGGGCAUGAAGAUCGCGACAUACGCCAACGCGCGCACGGCGCUCGAGGCGCGCCGCGGCAUCGCGCCCGCGUUCAUGUGCGCAUUCCGCUCCGGUGCGGUGAUGGGCUUCCUGCUGGCCAGCCUGGGUCUGCUCAACCUGUACCUCGCCAUCGUGGCCUUCGGCAAGUUCUACGGCGACGACUGGCAGGGCCUGUUUGAGGCCAUCACCGGCUACGGCCUGGGCGGCUCCUCCAUCGCGCUGUUCGGCCGCGUGGGUGGCGGCAUCUACACUAAGGCCGCUGAUGUGGGCGCUGACCUGGUGGGCAAGGUGGAGAAGGACAUCCCCGAGGACGACCCCCGCAACCCCGCCGUGAUUGCCGACAACGUGGGCGACAACGUGGGUGACAUCGCCGGCAUGGGCGCCGACCUGUUUGGCUCCUUCGCCGAGGCCACCUGCGCCGCCCUGGUCGUCUCCGCCGUGUCGUCCCUGGGCAGGAGCCACGACUGGCCCGGUGAGCUUUUUCGGGCAGCGGCGUGGCGGUGA